AUGGCAGAAGGGGGCAAAGGAACGUUGCAGGUUUCAGCUGUUUCCAUGAAUCUCAACGGAGAUCGUGAAAAUAGUGCGAUACCGAUCACAACUUCUUUGCCUAUGAACGGUGGAAAAGGCACUUACAGUUACUUCAACAACUCCUGCAGCCAGAGACAGUGCACUGAGGAUGAGAAGAGAAAAUUCAUUGAGGAAAUUGAGCAGAAGCUUGAUAUGAAAAAACUCUUCUCCCUUUCAAACACCAUUCGUCUUGCGGACUUGGGAUGUGCCACUGGACCAAACACUUUCAUGAUAAUUCAAGACAUACUAGAAGCCAUGCAACGCAAACACCAAUCCCAAUUAUCCCAAUCAUGUUUCAACGAUGUUCAACAUUCUGAUGAUCAUCAAAUGCCUGAAUUUCAAGUCUUCUUUAACGACCAAGAGUCGAAUGACUUCAACACCCUCUUCACCUCUCUCCCACAAGACAGGCAAUACUUUGCAGCUGGCGUGCCCGGUUCUUUCCAUCACCGUUUGUUUCCCGAGUCAUCUAUCCACUUUGUGCAUACCUCAUUAUGUCUCCACUGGAUCUCUAAGUCGCCGGAAGUAUUGCAAAACAAGGCCUCUCCGACAUGGAACAAGGGCAGGAUUCACCACACAAGUGCACCGGAUGAAGUAGUUGAGGCUUAUGCGUCCCAGUUUGUGGAGGACAUGGAGAAUUUUUUGAAUGCUAGGGCCAAAGAGCUUGUGCCUGAAGGAAUGAUGGUAAUGAUCUUGGUAGGAAUUCCCAAAGGGACGCCUUAUUCAGAAAUUCCAAUGGGUAUGAUGUGCAAUUGUUUAUCGUCUAGCCUCAUGGAUAUGGCAAAAGAGGGAAUAAUUGAAGAAAGUAAAGUGGAUUCCUUCAACUUGCCAUUUUAUGCAGCCUCUCUAGAGGAGAUGGAGGAGAUAUUAGAGAAAAACGGGUGUUUUAAGAUAGAGAGAAUGGAGUCGACAAACCCAGCAGCAUAUCUGAAAGGUGGUCCAGUUGACAUACCAGCUUGGGUGACGAAUGUGAGGGCUGCAAUGGAGGGAAUGUUUGCCAAACACUUUGGAAGUGAGGUUAUGGAAGAAAUGUUUGGAAGAUUGACCGAUAAACUUGUAGACAUUGCCGACCUCAUAAACUCACGAUGCGAAGUCAAAAGUCAGUUGCUUGCUGUUCUCAAGCGUAAAUGA